AUGGCGGUCCUUUCCACCCCACUUCUGGGGGCUUUUUCAGCCUUCCUCCUCCUCUUUCUCACAGUCACCCAGCUCGCCACUCCCGCAGUCGCCGAUGGCGUUGGAAUGAUAGGUGCUGGCAAAUGGCUCUACAAGCCUCUUUGUGCCCAUGCUUGCCGAAGGAUUAUCGUCAACAACCGCCUCACCUGCGACUCGAAGAUCCCAGGCGAUACCUGGACCCCUCCCCCAUCCAGCCACCACGGUGGUCACCAUCACCGACGACAUCUCCACCACCUCAUCAACCCCAAGGAAUGCUAUCUCAGAGACGCUGCCUUCCUUCGCACCCUCGCGCUUUGCAUGGAAGACCGUUGCGCUCGUGACGACGUCCUUCUCUCCUCCAUCCAGGAGUACUGGGAGGGACAUCUCACCACCCUUGGCACUGGCGACUGGACCAUCGAUGGCCCCGUCAUGUCGUACGAGGAAGCCCUCCGACUGGCCCAUGAAGAUGUGGAAGAGAUUGGCGAGGAGAACGUCCCUUUCACCCGGGCCGGACAACCUCUGAAUGUCACCAGCUUCAUUCCCGAAGACGUUUACAUCGCCAUGUACAACGGCCUGGGCUGGCAUGAGCGAAGCCAGAGAGACCACGGUUGGAAUGGAAUCGCUGUCGCAGUCAGCAGUGUCUGCAUCCCGAUCGUCUUCUCUCUAUUCCGUUUCCUCCCCGCUCGACCUCUAUGGUAUAGCCGCCUGGUCAACGUGCUCGAGAUGCCACUCAUGGGCAACCGUCACCGCACUCCGAUCGUCGCAAACCUCGGCAUCAUGCCCACCCGUGGCCAAACGCUCUACCUCGUCUACCUCCUCGCCACCCAAAUCUUCCUCGGCAUCUUCCCAUUGACCUUCAUCUACCCAAACUUCAACGUCGAUGACGACACCGAAGCCGUAUUGAAGAUCAUCGGAGACCGAACGGGUGUCCUCGCCAUGGCGGACUUUGUCGCCCUCUUCCUCUUCUCCUCGAGGAACAAUGUCCUUCUCUGGAUCACCAACUGGAGCCACAGCACGUUCCUGCUCCUCCAUCGCUGGAUCGCCUAUUGCUGCAUCUUCCACACGUCGAUUCACUCCCUCUUCAUGCUGAUUCUGGUUUGGGACAGCUAUGACAAGCAGAUCAAGCGAGCAUACUGGAUUUGGGGUGUCAUCGGCACCUUCGCCUUUGUGUUCAUCUGGCCUCUCUCAAUCCUCCCUGUUCGUCGCAAGGCCUACGAGUUCUUCCUCGUCACACACCAAUUCCUCGCCAUCUUCGGCCUCCUCGGCACUUUCAUCCACAUCUACCGCCUAUACAAGUACGAUUGGGGCUACGAGAUCUGGGUGUAUAUCGGAGCUCUCCUCUGGCUCGUCGAUCGUUUCGUUCGAAUUGUGCGCAUGGUCUCCAACGGAUACCGCAAGGCCGUCGUCACUGCCGUCGACCCCAGCGCAGAGUACAUCCAAGUCGACAUCGACGGUAUCGUCGCCGAGGGCCACGUCUACCUCUACUUCCCUACCCUCAGCUGGCGUAUCUGGGAGAACCACCCCUACUCCGUCCUGUCGAGCUUCAAGGGUGGCCCGACCACUCGCAAGACCGUCACCCAGGGCAAUGGAGAGAAGAGCAGCCAGCCCAGUUCCACGAUGUCUUCAAGCGACGAGUCGGUGGCGGGCAACGCAGGGCCCCGGGUGACCCUCCUCGUUCGGCCCAUGGAUGGGUUCAGCAAGACGCUCGUUAACCGCCUUCUUGCAUCCAACGGACGACUCACUCUUCCCGUCUUCGUCGAGUCUUCGUAUCACGCCAACCCUUCUGCCCAUGGCGAACUCGCCCACUGCUCUACCCUCCUCUGUAUCGCUGGUGGCGUCGGUAUCACCGCUGUCCUACCCAUUAUCAAGACCUUCGGAGGUGUUCGUGCCCGAUUGGCAUGGGGUGUACGCAACGAGUGGCUCAUCCGCGCUGUCGAGCCCGAGCUUAACACUCUGAACUCCUUGACUGUCGAGGUUGAAACUAGUGUCGGCUCAAGACUGCCCAUUGUGGACAUCCUGAAGGAGGAGCUGCAGAAGGAUGAUGUGGAGGGUGAUUUGGGUGUGGUGGCCUGUGGACCGACUGGCAUGGCUGACGAAAUCCGCGUUGCGAUUGGACAACUUGGUCCCAAGGCGAAGAGAGGUGUCGUGUUUGUUGACGAUGCGUUCAGCUGGUAG